AUGUUUAAUAUUACUGGUGAAGCCGGCGGCGGCGGGGCGAGGCGAUGCGCGCGCGACGCGGCGUCUCCCGCGCACGCGCACGCGCACGCGCCCGCACCGGCGCCUGCGCCCGCGCCCGCGCCGUCCGCCAACCCCGCGUCCCUCGGGCAGCCCGCGCCGCCCACGCAGCCUAUGCAGACCACGCAAUCCACGCACCCCACGCCGUCCACGCAGCUUGCCCACGUCAAGAGCGAGCGGCUCAGCCCGCACGAUUCCACAGCCUCCAGGUCCCGUAGCGUGACGCCAUCGACGUCGUCAUACCCGGGCACGCCGCCAGAGCGCGGUAGCCCGCACGCGGCGCCGCCCCCCGCGCCCGUGCACCCCCCGCGAAACUACUCCGACAUUAUGCGCUCCCUGGCCGCCCGAUACAACACACAUCCUGCCAAUGAUUACUUUCAUCGGAUGAAUGGUUUCGGUGUGGAGCCACGUGCUGCGCCUCCAUCACCUGUGCAAACAGACGCUGCAGAAGUGCCACUGGGAGGACUUUUCAAUAAGCUGACCACGCAACAAGGUGGGCCUAUGAGACUGCCAGCCUUCCCCCCCAUGUUGGAUAUGAGCUCAACUAAGACACUAUUGGCGAUAUCACGGGUGGGACGCAGUGGGAGAUCAAGGCGCAAACGGGUCGGAGUUGGUCCGACAGCGGAACACUCCCCGUUGGACUUAUCAGCAGCAAGCGAGAGUGCCGCUAAGAGAGCUCGCCUUUCGGCCAGUCCCAGUACCAGAAGUGAUGGUGACGAUCGGGACCGGGUCUCUAAUGAAGAUCGAAGUGGCGGAGAAUGCUUGUGCGCAGAAGCUCGAGCGCGACUGUCCGCGUGGUCGGUGGAUGACGUAUACGAUUUUGUCAACUCCAUCGAUAUCUGCGCUGAAUACGCGUCGAAUUUCCGCGAGCAGAGAAUCGACGGUUCCGGCCUGCCACUUCUAACAGAAGAGCAUUUAACAGGGAUGUUGCAAAUGAAGCUGGGACCGGCGUUGAAGUUGCGUGCGGUGGUGGCGCGGCGACUGGAGCCCUGUGCAAGUUGCCAGGCCACAACCACCACCGUGACCCCGGUCACCACCCCCAAUACCACCCCGCGACUGAACGGCGCCGCUCUCAAGCCGGAGCCAAGGAGCAACUCAACAAGUCCUAGCUAG